AUGGCGGUGUCGGAGACAGCGAGGGCGAAGGCCCGUUUGCAGCUGAGCACCCUGCUGAGAGGCCUGGAUGAGUUUCGGCUUCACCCGGAGAAGGCUGACGCGUACGCUGAUGCCGCAGUGAACAAAAUGAGCGCCGAGUAUCUCGACAAGGAGUCCUUUCGCGAUCAGCUCAUGGGUCUGCUAGCCAACAUGCGAAACCUAGACGGCGAGCUCGAGAAGGUUGGUCCUUCCGUCCUGGCCACCCUGAACCCGCAGGAGAUGCUCUCCAGAAGUCAGCGGCGAGAUCGUGAGCGGUUCCUGAGGAAGCGGGCUCGUGAGCAGAUGCUGUACGAUGUGACGAGUAUGCUUUGUCCGACGUGCAAGCUUGUGCGGCCAGAUCGCCUCAAUCUCAACCACAUGGCACUUGACUCGGAGGAAAACGGGACACAGUUUGACUACAACUUUGACAAUUUGUGCCAGUGUGAUCACCACAGCAGCGAGGAAGGGACCAGCACUUCGUCGUCGUCGUCGUUGUCGAAGUCGGAGGAGAGAAAUGGGGAUGCGGCUGAAGAGCGCCCAUCACACGCAUAA